AUUAUUCUCACAUGUAUAUGAGGGGUGGAGUGAUGAACACAGUGCAGUGUAAAAGACAGAGCUGUCAGAAUAUCAGAGACGGUCAGAAUCUCAGAUAGGAGAAGAAUAAAGACGUCUGAUCUACAAUCAUCCUGUGAAUAUCUGACUUUCAUCAUGACUAAAGUCAUUACUGGUUUUUUGAGGAAGCAUAGCAGAGAUGUGGGACUCUGCAGUCUCUUUCUUGGUCUUAUGGAGAAACUGAUGGACUCUGAUUUUGUUUGUCCUUGCCAACCUUCACUUAAUAUAUUCCUAAGUGUUGGCUAUGCCAUUGAGCCUUUCUUGACUUGCUUUAUUUACACUUGGUUUUACUUGGACGUGUCCUCAAUGACAGAAACCGGAGGGGAGGAAGAAGAAUCCAAAAGAAAAGCAACCUGCUCCACUGACACAGCCUUAAAGCUGGAGGACAGAAGAGGGGAAAAAAAGAGCAAACAUGAUAAAGUUUUCAACUCCCUCAUCAUAUCCCUCAUCUGGCUGUUUUUCUUCUUUAUGGAUGGCCAAUACGUGGCCUGUGCGUGUUCAUGUUGGGGUGGUGAGUACACAGAAACUGGAGCUUUAAAGUGGUGCAAACCGAAAGGAAACGAUACGGAGGUGUUUGAACGUCAGCAGGAGACUCUUUACUAUAUCACCAUAUUCCAGGUGACAGGUUUUUUGAUAGUGCCACUGAUCAUCCUAAUAAUAUUCUUAAGCAAUGGUAUACAACAUUAUGACAGAUGAUCUGCUUGGAUCGUCGAGAAGAGACGUGAAGAGCAGGAGGCUCGUCAGCAGUGACUCUGUGAUCAGAUGGUUGUGAGUUUAAAUCUCAGGUCUGAAGGAAGAACAGGAAGCUCCUCUGCUCAGCGCUGGAGUCUGAUCACUUUAGAUAUAAGAAAAAGAAAAGAAAAAAUGUUUUUCUGUGUUUCUGCUAUAAUCAGGUGUUACAUGUUACCCUGUGAGAUUCAUUGUCAUUUUUAUUUCCAUUGUAUUUGUAAAGUGUUCUGAGACAAACCACCUGUAAUUCCCUUCUUUAUUCUUCUUUAAAAAUACAAAAUAAAAUCCAUAAAAAUGACUGAGUCAUCUAUUUAUUCUGUUAGCUCUGUUAGAUUGUGAUUUUAUAGGAAGAGGAGCUGGAUGGUGGAGAGGCUCAGGCAGAUUUAUUAAAGGAAACACAAAAGGAGAAAUGAAAGUGGAGUGUCCGGUAAGGGGAAAAGUGUUAUCAUUCACAGAAGGAGUCUCCAGUGUCAAAGCUGAUUAGAGCUGAUUACAUUUUAAGACUCCAGAGUUAGUAAUGUUUGAAGGGUGAGAAGACAACAGCACUGCAGUUUCCUGUGGUUUUUAUCUCUCUAUCGUCACACUAUCAUUUGCUAUUAUUGUGUUUCUGAAAACCCUCGCGUGACGACGGCCUUCAUCUUUUACAUUUCAGUGGCGUUCUACUCUGUGACAACACUGUGAGUAAUCCCAGAAUGUUCAGUACAUUUCCUUAACAUGUUAGCAUCAUUAGCAUUAUAGCUUCAGCGCAGAACCAAUGAAAGAAAACCUCAGAGGAGAGGAAGUAUGUUUGUGUGGUUUCUCCUUCUUGCUCUACCAGAUAUUUACUUCUACCCUCCUUCUCUGUAGAGUAGAGGAGGAGUGAUGAACAGCACAAGCAGGAGAUACGAAGACGGAGCCGUGACAAAACAUCGCAUCUUACUCGCCAUCCAGUCCCUGCAGUCUGACGUGUCACCAUGAUCAGUGCUAAAGGUCUUCUUGCAUUCUUGAAGAAAAGAGUUACAAGAUUUGGGAUCUUCAGUCUGAUUCUGGUGGUUUUCGAGCAGAUUCUGGAUAAAGACUUUGUUUGUCCUUGUAAACAUACCUAUAAUAUUACAGUGUGUGUUCUUUAUGGAGCAGUCCCUUCCAUCGGGUGCUUUCUCUUGACUUUUUUUUUCAUGGACCUGUCUCUAAACACUGAUGGCCGGAGGAAGGAAAUCUCCACGUGUAAUAAAGUUCUGUACUCCAGUCUCACCGCCAGCAUCUGGCUCUUCCUCUUCUUCGCCGAUGGUCGAUACCUGGCCUGUGCGCUCUCAGCCUGGGAGGGUGUGUACGCUAAAUCUGACACUUUGGGGAUUGAAAAAUGGUGCAAACCCACAGGAAAUGAAACCUCAGAGUUAGAGAGUCAGCAGAUUACUCUGAAGUGGAUCUCCAUAUCUCAGAUUUUAGGUUUCUUCAUCAUUCUGUUAGUUGUGGUUCUCCUGGCCUGUGUACAAGGCACUCAGAGAGCUCUGACACACAGGAACAUCACUGAGAGGGAAUGUGAUGAAGAUAGCAGGGAGAACCUGCAACGUCAACUCGGUGAGAGGAAUUCCCGCUCGGAAAGUGACGAAGACACAUGUUUAUAAAAACCAAAGCUGCCUUAUGAUUUUCUUUCAUUGUUGUGGUUUGAUUUAUUGUUGUUGUUGUUGUUGUUAUAUGUUAAUUGUGUUGAUAUUGUGAGUAAAUAAGUUUUAUGAUCUUCUAUAGAUCAAACAGAUUUCAGUAUCUUGUGAUUGUUUCCAUCCUGUCAGAAUAUUACAGCUGAUUACACUGUUCUGGAUCAUUCAGUUUGCUGUACUAUACCACCUUAAACUCAGUAAACAGGUCAUUCUCCUUUUGUUUUGUGAUUAAAAAAUAAAGCAAUACCAUAAAAAGGGUUAAGGAAAAUGAAAUAAAUAAAAGGAGUUUCAGUGUGUAAGCGAGCGUGAGAAAACGAGAGCACUGCAGUUUCCUGUGGUUUGUAUCAUCACACUAUCAUUUGUUAUUGUUGUGUUCCUCAAAACCCUCACGUGAUGACGGCUUUCGUCCUUCCUGCUGUUUUGUUUUUGGCUCUUAAAUUUACUCUGUAGGAACAUUUUAAUCCUUCUGCUGAAUUACGCUCAGUAGAAAUCUUCAGUGUAAAAAUGAUUCUUGCAAAUUCUGACUCUCACUGAUGUUCAGUAACUGAAAGUGAAAGCAAAUAAGCAUCUGAUUCAUGUCACUGAUUCCUGUCACCAUGGCGAUUCAUGUCACUGAUUCAUGUCACCAUGGCGAUUCAUGUCACUGAUUCAUGUCACCAUGGCGAUUCAUGUUGUGAUUCAUGUCACCAUGGCGAUUCAUGUCACUGAUUCAUGUCACCAUGGCGAUUCAUGUUGUGAUUCAUGUCACCAUGGCGAUUCAUGUCACUGAUUCAUGUCACCAUGGUGAUUCAUGUCACUGAUUCAUGUCAUCAUGGCGGUUCAUGUCACUGAUUCAUGUCACCAUGGCGAUUCAUGUUGUGAUUCAUGUCACCAUGGCGAUUCAUGUUGUGAUUCAUGUCACCAUGGCGAUUCAUGUUGUGAUUCAUGUCACCAUGGCGAUUCAUGUUGUGAUUCAUGUCUCCAUAGAGGUUUGGGAUAUUGGGUCACUGUUUAAUAACAGAUAAUAAUUUUGUCCUUGGUUUCUGGUUAUAAAUGAAUGUGAGCGUGGAUAACUGGAACUGGAAAAACUAGACCAGUGACUUGAUUAAGGAGUGUUCUAUCCCAGUAGAAAGUGAACUCUAAUAAUGGAGGUGUGGUCAGGUGAUGCUGUUAAAGCGGUAUUGUCAUGACAAAUGAGGAAUCUUUGUGAGGUUUCAUUUUCUAAUGGUUUCUUUGUAUGAGGCUUUGCGUCUCCUCCCCUACUGGUCAUUUCAUUCACAGCAUCCUCUGUUGUAUAUUAAGGAGUGAAUGAAUGACACACAGCAGGGUGUGUGAGAGAGCAGUGACCCUGUGCACCAGAAAAUCUAUUUCCUUUCGGUGGGCCGGGGAGUUCAGCACGAGGUUGACACCUCUUUCAAACAAUCUAGCAGCAUGGAAACUUCAAUGAGGUGUCUCUCAUUGGGUCCUAGAUACCAUAGAAAAAGGGUACAGGAUCCAGUUUGCCUCUUUUCGACUCGGGGCUGCAUCCAGUUUUGGACCUGUGGGCUCUGAACUGUGCACAGAAGGCAUUAAAAUUUAAGAUGCUCACACGCAAACUUAUCUAGUCUCAAAUCAGGUCCAAGGGUCCAAGGACUGGUUUGUGACAAUAGAUCUCAAAGAUGUCUAUUUGCAUGUAGGUAUUCUACCAGAACACAGGAAGUUCCUCAGGUUCGCUUUCUGGGGCAAAGCAUACCAGUAUUGUGUUCUUCCUUUUGGUCUAGUCCUGUCACCGCACACAUUCACAGAGUACAUGGAUGCUGCCCUGGUGCCACUGCAUUUCCAGGGCAUCCAUGUCUUGAAUUACCUGGACAACUGGCUCAUCCUGGCCCAGUUGAAGGCCAUGGUGGCCAGUCAUCGAGAUGCUGUGCUUGCCAUAUGAGGUCUCUAGACCUCAAGUUGAACCCAGAGAAAUGUUUACUUUCUCCUUCUCAGAGAACCACCUUCUUGGGGGUAGUUUGGGAUUCCAUCAUGAUGCAGGCAUGUAUGUUCUCUGCUCAGGUGGAUUCCAUGCUAUCAGUAGUAAAAGGCCAAAGUCUCUCGGUCACUGAGACACAAAGAAUACUCAGCCUCAUGGCGGCAGCAGCCGUUAUCCCUUUGGGUCUGCUUCACAUGAGGCUGUUCCAGCUCUGGCUCCAGGGUGCAUCAUCGCCAAUUCUUUCAACAGAUGCCUCACUUUUGGCUGGGGAGCAGUCUUGGACCAUCUCUCUCAUGGCACAUAAAUUGUCUGGAGAUAAGUCUUGUGUUUCUAGCAUUGAAACACUUUCUCCCACACCUCAGGGUCUACCAUGUGUAGGUGCACACAGACAGCACUACAGUAGUUUCUUAUAUCAAUCAUCAAGGUGGUCUGUGUUCACACCCUCUGGUCAGGUUGGUGCAGCAUUUUCUGCUCUGGACAGAGACCAGUUUUCUUUCACUGAGCGCAAUGUUCAUCCCAGAGCACAUAAAUCAGGAUGCAGACUUCCUGUUGAGGCAGGUGCUGAGGCCCCGGAAGUGGUGUCUCUGCAUCUGGCAGAUUUUCGGCUUGGCAGAAGUGGAUGUGUUCAAAAUGUAGUGGAGUGAAAGAAAGACCUCUUUAGUAAAGUACAGAUACUGAAAAAAAUAAUUAAGUCCUGUAACAAAUUACUUUUACUUUGUGCCUGCCCUCUACUGCUAAAACACACACACACACACACACACACACACACACAUGCACACACACAUGCACACACACACACACACACACACACACAUGCACACACACACGCACACACACACACACAUGCACACACACAUGCACACACACAC